AAGUGAAUUUUAUAUCCUGUUCUAAAUUUUCAUGCUUACGAACAUUAUAUUGAGAUAUUUUUUUCCGUUUUUUCAAAUAAAGACUCCGUUUCGCUAUCAUAAGUUGUUUUCAAACGAUCUAAACGACAAAAAAUGGGAUUUCUUGUAGUGAAAAAUUGUUGCUGCUGUUUUGAUCUGAAAAGUGGCACCAUUUUUUAUGCAGCUCUAACAAUUUUAAUGCAUUUAAUUUUAUUUGCUCUUUUGGUUGUAUUCGAAACUGUUUGGGCAUUGCCAUUUCUUUUGCCCAUUCCUCUUUUCGUGAUGGUUAUAUAUGGCGUUGUGAAGGAAAAGCCAGGCUUCAUAAUACCUUCCCUAGUUUUGACUACUAUUUACAUCGCUCUUCCCAUAAUUUAUUUUUUCAUCUCCAAUGUUUUUGAUAACAUGAAGACUUCUCAAAGGACGCAACAUCGUAACUUGUUUAACAUGCUUGAAUUCAUUUUAUCGUUCAUAUUUCUUUGCUGUUUAGUUCUUGUCGUACUUGCAGUCUACUACACGUACUUUUGGAUUAUUCAAUUUUCAGCGUAUAAAUUGAUAAGGAAUGAAAAAAGAGCAGUACAAAAUGGUAUUGUUUAAUCAUCGAGAUUGUGCAUUCAUAUUCUUAUCAUUAUAAGAGAGAGAGAGAGAGAGAGAGAGAGAGAGAGAGAGAGAUUCAUUCAUUCUUAUGGUGACUCAUAUUUCAAAUGUACUGUUAUAAUAAUUGAAGAUUAUUCGUUAUAAGUAUCUGUCCAAAUUGCGCUUGCCCUUUGGUCUGGAUGCAUUUGAAUGUCGAACCACAAUAAAUACAAUUUUCAAAUACAAAUGUCACAACCAUUAACAAGCAGUAGUUGAAAAUAAAAUCUCAGAAAUUAA